GGGGGCGGGAUCAGCCCUGAGGUAACAGUUGCAGGGAGCCAGUGUGGCGAGGAGAGGCCUUGCUGGGAGACAGGGCUGCUGUUGUGGAUUUGGGGCCCUGGGUGCUUCUCUUCUUCCCUUGCCUUUCUUGUCUUCUUUCUGAUUUUGUCUUCUCUCUUUUCCUGCCUCACAGAAAAUGAAUGACUUCCACCUUGAUUUUAGCCCACUCAAGGAGCCCUUGGCUUUCAUCAAGCUUCUUGAAUGGCUCUUUUCUGUUUGUGUAUUUGCAACCUGUGGCACAUAUAAAGGGGAGACUACAGUUCUAGUCUCCUGUGGAGAGCAUGUGAAUAGAACAGUUACAGCUGAUUUUGCCUAUCCUUUCAGAUUGAAUGAAGUUAAAUUUACUUCUCCAGAUCCAACCCAAUGUGCUGGUACUUGGACUGACUUUUACCUUGUAGGCAACUUCUCCACAACAGCACAGUUCUUUGUAACGUGGGCUGUUUUAAUAUUCUUGUACUGCUUGGCAGCUCUGGUGCUGUACCUGGGUUAUAUGCAUCUGUAUCAGAACAUCAGUGCAAUCCCAAUGUUGGAUUAUGUCUUCACACUCUGUGCUACUUUUCUGUGGCUGGUCAGCACUGUUGCCUGGGCAAAGGCCCUUGUGGAUAUCAAAGUGUCAACUGGACCACGCAUUGUGGGAGAAAUGUCCUCUUGCAAACUACCAGGCUCUUCCUGUGUAUUUGUUUCUGUUAGCAGCAUGAGAAGUUUGAAUGUGUCUGUGGUGUUUGGUUUGGUCAACUUUUUUCUGUGGGGAGGAAAUGCUUGGUUUGUACAUAAAGAGACAAGCCUACAUAAACCAAAUGGUAAUUCCCCAAACUCUGGGUUGUAUCCACCUGCAUCAGGAAUCUAAAUGGGAGAUGUCGCCUCCUAGCAAAACAGCCAGCCAUCUGAAAACCCCUGUAGUAAUUUGUUUUUGAUGAUUAUCAAACCUUAUGCUGCAGAUGAUCACAUCUGCAAAUGUUGGAGGAUGUCUUAAUCCAGUGAGCGGUCCUGUUUAAAUCUAGACAAGGAUCUCUUCCUCAGGAAAGCAUUUUUUUUUACACAUGAUGCUGUUUGUAAUCUUGUUUACAUAAUUAGUGCUUUCCCAAUCUCUUUGUGUUUCUGUAUUUAAAUGUAAUUGGAGCUAUUUAAAUACAGCUGCUGCACAUUCAGAUGCUGACGGUCAGUACCUCUUCAGCAAACAAGUUGAAAGUUGUGUAGUUACAGAAUGAUUCUUCAAGGAACAUAUUUGCAUUACUGGUUUAAGAGUAAUUUAACUGUUGCUGUAGAGGAGGAGAAAAAUCUGGGUUCUGGCUUCCUAUUCCUACUAAAAUAUGAAGCAAAAAGUUUGGACACUGUAUACGAUAUAAGAACUGAUAACUUUUGCUGUGCUUCUGUCUCUGAUUGGGAGUGAGUUCUCUACAGAAGAGCUGUAGAUGUUUGCUUAAACAGGAUAAAGCCUGAUCAUGAAUGUACUUGUUAAAUGGGCUCUGGGAAAAGUCAGAUAACCAUAUGCACCCCCAAAUGGCAAUAUCCUGCAUACGAAGGAAAUGCAUGGAGCAUCAGUUACUUCAAUAAAUACAAAUGUCUUGA